AGGAGGAUGUGGCUGCAGAACCUGCUUUUCUUGGGCACUGUGGUCUGCAGCAUCUCUGCACCCACCCGCUCACCCACCCUUGUCACUCGGCCCUCUCAGCACGUGGAUGCCAUCCAGGAAGCCCUGAGCCUUUUGAACAACAGUAAUGACGUGACUGCUGUGAUGAAUAAAGCAGUAAAAGUGGUCUCUGAAGUGUUUGACCCUGAGGGGCCAACAUGCCUGGAGACCCGCCUACAGCUGUACAAGGAGGGCCUGCAGGGCAGCCUCACCAGCCUCAAGAAUCCCUUAACCAUGAUGGCCAAUCACUAUAAGCAGCACUGUCCCCCUACCCCGGAAUCUCCCUGUGCAACCCAGAAUAUUAACUUCAAAAGUUUCAAAGAGAACCUGAAGGAUUUUCUGUUUAACAUCCCCUUUGACUGCUGGAAACCAGUCAAGAAGUGAGGCAGACCAGUCCAGCCAGGAGCCAGCCCAGUCCAGCCAGAAGCCAGCCCUGAGAGCAUACCUCAUACCUCACAAGUCACUGCCUUUCUACCCAUGGAUUGCUGAAACUCAGGAUCUUCACCUUUGAGGGACCACCGGGUGGACCAGGGCAGUAGAGGGGGCAUGGACUUGCUCUGGGCCAUGCUGCCCGGAUACCAGCUUGGUAUGGGGAGCGGGGAAUGUUUUAUACUGGCAGGGAUCAGUAAUAUUUAUUUAUAUAUUUAUGUAUUUUAAUAUUUAUUUAUUUAUUUAUUUAAGAUCAUACUCUGUAUUUAUUCAAGACAUUUUACUAUUAUAAUAAAUUAUUAAAAGCCUGUU